AUGAAGCGAGCGUGUACUCUGGUCGGUACCUUUCUUUAUGCCCUGGCUGUGGAGGGUCAAGAGACAUGUGAGAGAACGAAAGUUGCUGUGCUAGGCGCAGGUGUGGCAGGUAUCACAGCGGCAGAGGCACUGUCAGCCAACCAUAUCAAUGAUUUCGUUAUCAUCGAGUAUCAGGAUCGGAUUGGGGGUCGCAUGCACAAUGUCAAGUUUGGCAAAGGACCGGAUGGCUCACCGUAUACCGUCGAAGCAGGAGCCAAUUGGGUCCAAGGAACUGUCAAAGACGAUGGCCCAGAAAACCCUAUCUAUACUCUGGCCAAGAAAUACAACAUCAAAACCCUUGAAACCGAUCAGGACAACUUGACAAUGUUUGACGCAAACGGCCCCGCAGACUUUGAGUAUGCGAUUCGCGAGUUCAGCGACGCACUCGAUAAAGUCACAGUGGACGCGGGAUCUCUGCUACUCAAUAAUCUCCAGGAUCGCACGUUCCGCGCUGCUUUCCGGACACAGGGCUGGGAUCCGGCAAAGAAUGACUCCCAUCGGCAGACCGCGGAAUGGUGGCUCUUUGACGGGGAGUUCAUCUACAGUCCAGAAGAGAGCUCCGAGGUCUACACUUCCGUGGCGGAAAAUGCAACGUUCAAAUACUUCUCCGAGGAGAAUCUCUUUGUAUAUGACCAGCGCGGGUUCGCCACUAUCAUUCGCGAAGAGGCGGCGACCUUCCUUGCCCAGGAUGACGCUCGACUCCGGCUCAGCACCCAAGUCACGCGAGUGGAAUAUGGCAAGGAUGCAGUCACUGUGCACACAAACAACGGCACUUGCAUCCACGCCGACUACGCCAUCAUGACCUUCUCACUCGGUGUGCUCCAGAAGAAAGUCGUCGAAUUCGCCCCCCGGCUCCCUGACUGGAAAGUCUCGGCCAUUAGCAGCUUCGAGCUGGGCACGUACACGAAGAUCUUCAUGCAAGGCUACUACCCGGAGUUCCAGCCUCUAGACCUGCCGGGGGUCCUGGAGGGCUCGGGGCUUCUUGUGGCAACAGUGGUGAACGAUCAAUCCUAUCGGGUCGAGGCGCAAUCCAACGAAGAGACUCAAAAGGAGGUCAUGGCGGUUCUGCGAUCCAUGUACGGCAAUGACAUCCCGGAUCCCUCGCAUUUGUGGUAUAAGCGAUGGACUCAGACUCCUUGGGCAUUCGGCUCAUAUUCCAACUGGCCACCUGCCACGAGCCUCCAGGCGCAUCAGAACCUCCGUGCCAAUGUGGGCAAUUUAUUUUUUGCCGGGGAGGCAACUAGCCAGGAAUUCUUCGGUUACUUGCAAGGAGCCUAUUUCGAGGGAAAGCAUACGGGCGAAUUCAUCGCGUCGUGUUUGCAGGGAUCAGGCAACUGCACGCUGUCGGAUGAUCAACAGAAUUAUCCCGUUUUAACAGGAGUGACUCCUUAUAACCUGUACAAUUGGGACAAUGGAUGGACUGCGGACACAUUGGCAUGA